UACCUGGCAAAGAAACAAAUUGACCGUUCAGCAUCUACCACUUAACAUCAACACUUCUCGACACCAAAAAUGCUUCGAAUAAAUAAAAAUUUAUGCCAAUUAUCAAUGCGAUGCGCCCAUUCCGGUCCACAUCCCAACCGGCCAUCGAAAAAGGUCGACGAAAUAAUCCGAGUGGAUCAUGCGGGUGAAUUGGGAGCCGAUCGGAUAUAUGCCGGCCAAAUGGCCAUUUUGGGAAAUGGUCCAAUGGGACCGACAAUCAAACACAUGUGGGAUCAGGAGCGAGUGCAUCGAAUAGAAUUCGAAAAAUUGAUUAACGAUUAUCGCGUUCGACCAACGGUCAUGACACCGUUUUGGAAUAUAGCUGGUUUUGCGCUGGGCGCCGGAACGGCUUUGCUGGGAGAAAAGGCGGCGAUGGCAUGUACGGUGGCCGUUGAAACUGUAAUCGUUGAACAUUACAACGACCAAUUGAGACAGUUGAUGGAAGAUCCAAAAACGGACGAGAAACUGUUGGCCAUUAUAACGAAAUUCCGGGAUGAGGAACAGGAGCAUCACGACACGGGCAUUGAUUGUGGCGCCGAACAAGCUCCAUUUUAUAAAGCACUGACCGAAGUUAUCAAACUGGGUUGUAAAACAGCGAUAACAAUUUCAAAGAAGAUUUAAAGCAAUUUUUUAGAAG